AUGAACCCAUCAGCCAGUCGUGUAACGAGCGAGCCGUUGAGCUGUGUGUUUCGCGAAACGCGAAUCGCGGUUCUGUCGGAGCCGAACUAUCACACCCACCGUAUUAUAGUUGAGCUCAAACUCCGGCUCAACUAUAUAUUUGAGAAAGAUCAUUAUGAUCUCGACUCAGUCAAACAAGAACUCGACCCCAGAAAUCCCACUCUGAUCUUCCCACAAAUCAUGAGUUCAAUCAGUAUAGACCGGGUCCUGUACCAAGAAGAUUAUCGCAAAUACAAGCUUGUUCGGAAAGAACUCGCUUUGUUUCUGCAUUCCCAAAAACUCGAUGCCACCGAUCCAAAGCUGUUUAUAUUGCUAGCUCGGAACGUACACUCAAAUGGUCUGAAUUUGUACUUGCCACUGAUGCUGGCAGAAAUGAGCGAUUCUUCUGAUGUUGCAACUAGCUACAAAGUGUUAUCACAUUUUAAACACCACGAGCAGUUUCCCACCUUAUUACAAAAUUCAAAUGGGAUCACUCAAUCUUCCUUCACUCUUCGACCCAACGACAUAUGUCACUGGAAUCUAGUCAUCUCUGUGACACAGUAUCUAAUGGCCAGCGCCAGACCCUCUGGUGACUACUCUCAUCUAACGAGGCAGCAAAGACAAAAAAGAUUCAAUGGUGAAAAGGCUAAAAUUGCAGCUAAGGAAUUCCUGGAUAAUCCGCGAUCCUCGAAAACCAUCGUGGCCUCUCGGUACGAAGUUUCCUUGUCUACACUGAACGACGCUAUCAAGAGACUUCAGCGUCAGCGCGACUUGACUUGCGACGAAAAUGCAGGACAUAUCACCGACUACAGACAAACCACAGACAAAACCGCUCGCAAAAGAGUGGCUAGUGUUGCCCUUUUAAAUGUACUUAACUCCCAAGUGUCUCCAUCAAAAAGAUGCAAGUUGGUUUCUCAGGUAAGCUUCAAAUAUAACAUCCCAGAGAGAACGCUUCGCGAUAGACUGAAAGAUGUCAAUCCAAGUAUCUCGAGAGUAGCAGAGGGAAUAAGACGGCGUAAAUUGUCACCAUCAGUCGAGCAAUUCCUCACAACAUUCUAUGCCAUAAGCAACCUGCAAAAUUCGCAAAUCACUGUUAAGGAGGCUGACGCUAUUUGUGAGCUGAUGGCUAACACAACUGGCUGCUCUGACAUUAAACUACUGGAUCGUCCUCCCGGAGACAGCGAAACAAUCAAUCUGCCUGAAAUGCUUCGAAAUCAGGAGGUUCAAUUGGGGCGCAAUUUUGGCUGGAGAUUCCGUCAACGCAAUGGGUUUGCGUCUUCCAAGGCAAAGCGUAUGGACAAGAACAGGUUGAAGGCGUCUGAUGUUAAUAACAUUGCGAUGUGGCUCAAUGAAGACGCGUUCAAAUUUCUAAGUUCAACUUCCGCAGAACUUAUUUUCAACGCGGACGAGAUCGGGUUUGCUCACACUAUGAACACCGUGAACCAAUACUCACGAUAUGUGAGUAUGAACAGUUCCAAUAAAGGUCAAAGAAAAGGUGUUGUUUACAAGGUGAAAGAGACAGAAAAUCAUCCAAAGACUUUGACAACGGUAACAGCAUGCGUCUCAGCAGCAGGUGCAAUUGUACCUCCCAUGGUGACAGCUGCUUCUUCCAUUGCCAAAUAUAAAAAUGAUUGCCAUCUUUUCAAUCCGCGCUUUGAGGCUUUAGCGCGUUCCAAACUACAACCUGGGGUAGAUAAGAAUGUUAACAUUCUUUUCACAUCGAAUGGUUGGAACAACCCCGCGGCGUUCUUGGAAUACGUGAAAUGGUUUGAUGCCCAUACCCUUCAUAUAGCGCGCCAAAAUAGUCCAGAGGGUUCACUCUGUCAGCGCGUUCUCAUAGUGGACAACCAUUUUUCGCAUUACUGUCCAGCAGUUCUAGACUUUGUCACUAAAAGACGAAUUGUCCUACUACUACUACCGCCUAAUACUACGCAUGUCCUGCAACCUUUGGAUGUCGGUGUUUUCAGUAAUCUAAAGAAAAAAGUUCGUGCUUUAGCCACUGAAUGGUGUCCGAAACCCAGCGUGGGACCAGAUGGGAAACCUAGAUAUGGUCACUUUGACAUUUUAUGCAACUUCAUGAAUGCACUUAAUCAUACGCUCUUGCACGACUUUGAACAAUCGACCAUAUCUCAGGCUUUCAAAACCGCAGGUAUCUUCCCGCCCGAGAGAUCAUUGUUCAACCCGGCUGUCAGAAACGUAAUGAAGCAUUUCGAUUCUCACGCCAGGAUGAAAGAUAUAUUCCUGACGAACAUUCUACCGCUGAAUCACACCACUGGAUCACGGCCGCGUACGGUCGCUGGAGCACGAAUCACAAGUGAUGACAGUUCUUCAAAUACCGAAAGUUCCCUGGGCUCUCUAAUUCCACUAAUCAGGAAUGAGGCGUUCUUCAUAGGAGAAGAACAGUUAGAAAGCUUAGACUACCUUUCUGUCAAUUUAGAAGACAUACUUCAUCCUAAUCCUGUGCUCGAAGAGGAAGAAUUUGAAAGUAGUAAAGAAAUUGGGAACUCGAAUGAAGCGCAGCAGCGUGCUGAACCUCAGCCUACGCUAAACCAUGACUUUCUCUCAAAAUUCACGUUUGAGGACGUGUUGAAACUGAUCACUGACCUAAUUGGCGGCGGGAACAGUGAUGAGGGAAUGUCAUUGAUUCCUAAAUUGAUGGAGAGGCUAGAAAAAUGCUCAGAAAUAGCCUUUGCUAACAAUUCGCAUCUUACAAUAACCAAAGAGCUUUUCCUAGAGCAGCAGACCAAUGUGAUGGGAAUAGUGAUGUACCUAAUAUAUUUUGGCGCCUGCUUUCUUGGGCUACGCGAACAAACGAAGAUUGAAGAAGCGCUGCAGGUUUACGAAGCGAAAACUGAUACAGCGACAGCUACCCAUUUUUCUGGUGGAGCCAUUCUUAACACCGAUGUGUUGAGAGAUUUAUCCAAAAAGCAGUUUUUUAAACUGUUUCCCAAAGUGUCAGGAAAUGUUGAUCGCGAUUUAUCCCGGAAAAUCGCCCUUAUUCAAAGCUCAGCUCAAAAUUCGGCCUCCAUGAGCGAAGAACUUGUCAAUGAGUUAGGUUCUAGCGUCUGGGAAUUUUUACAAAAGAUGGUCAAAAACGAAAAGUCCGUUCUGUCGUUGCAACCCGAGGACUUGAAGAGAAAAGUCCUUUCUACAGCGCUCAAUGCACCCGAGGCAUUAGCAAAAGCUGCUACCGUUCAAAGCAUGUUUGACCAUAGUGGUAAAUUGCCAUUCAGUAAAAAGCACCUGCCAUUAGUGUCCAAAAUCGAAAGCCUAGGAUCUGUUCCAGUUGAGCUUCUGGAUGCAACGUUAUCGGAGGCAGAGUUCGAGUCGAGGCUAUCUGCUUUACGCGAAGUAGCAGCGGGUGCUCUUUUAGAGCUGAGCACGAUAGAAGAUGAGGAGGACGACGAUGACUCUCUGGAAGGAGACACCAUGACCGAAAACGAUUCAUUUGACGUGGAGGAAAGAAAUCAAAGGCUACUCCAAAACUGGUUUCUGGUGUACCAUGUGGACAAUGUGGUAGGCCGUAUCACAAAACACAGGGAAAACAUGAGGUUGAAGUCUCAAAAUCUGAUGUACAGGCAGAAAAUCGAUGCUUUAACGCGGGCCAUUUCGGAGAUGGCGAACAAUGCGCGGCAUUCGAGCAACCAUGUUUUUUACGAAGAUCCAGAACCGAUGUUCGAUUACGGAGUAGUGGACAAUCCAUUUUUUUAA